AUGUAUGGGCGAUUUUCAAGAAAGUCCAACCUUUCUGAUGUCUCGGAGAAGAAGAUAUUGAGCUCCAUGGAGACAUUUCUAGGACUAGGAUUCAGCGGAGAUGAGUUUGUUAUGAUGCCACAGGUACUUGGAUACAGCAUGGAGAAGAGGAUUGUGCCAAGGUGUAACGUAAUCAAAGCUCUCAUGUCAAAAGGAUUGCUCAGAAAGGGAAGUGUCAAGAUGUCGUCUGUCUUGAUAUGUACCGAUGAAGUUUUCUUAAGAAGGUAUGUGAGGAAGCUCGGUGACAAGGAGCUUGUGGCUGAGUUGAUGUCUAUUCUCACUGGAUUAGGCUUAUGA